AUGCUUGAAUGUGGAAAGUGCUUUCUCUCUCAGAAUGGCCACCCUUUACUGUACACAUCAAAAGCUUCACACUGGUGGGAGAAGCUCCAUAAAUGUUUGGAGUGUGGAAAGUGUUUCUUUCAAAAUGGCACCUUAAUUAAACACCAAAAGAUCCAUACAGGGGAGAAGCCAUAUAAAUGUUUGAAGUGUGGAAAGUGCUUCUCCCAGAAUGGCUACCUUACUUCACAUCAAAAGCUUCACACAGGGGAGAGGCCAUAUAAAUGCUUGCAGUGUGGAAAGUGCUUCUCUGAGAAUGGCUACCUUACUGCACAUCAAAAGCUUCACACAGGGGAGAGGCCAUAUAAAUGCUUGCAGUGUGGAAAGUGCUUCUGUCGGAAUAGCCACCUCAGUGCACAUGAAAAGACUCACACAGGGGAGAAGUCGUAUAAAUGCUUAGAAUGUGGAAAGUGUUUCUUUCAAAAUGGCACCUUAAUUAGACACCAAAAGAUCCAUACAGGGGAGAAGCCAUAUAAAUGUUUGAAGUGUGGAAAGUGCUUCUCCCAGAAUGGCCACCUAACUUCACAUCAAAAGCUUCACACAGGGGAGAGGCCAUAUAAAUGCUUGCAGUGUGGAAAGUGCUUCUCUGAGAAUGGCUACCUUACUGCACAUCAAAAGCAUCACACAGGGGAGAGGCCAUAUAAAUGCUUGCAGUGUGGAAAGUGCUUCUAUCAGAAUAGCCACCUCAGUGCACAUGAAAAGACUCACACAGGGGAGAAGUCGUAUAAAUGCUUAGAACGUGGAAAGUGCUUCUAUCAGAAUAGCAACCUCAGUACACAUGAAAAGACUCACACAGGGGAGAAGUCAUAUAAAUGCUUGGAAUGUGGAAAGUUCUUCUCUCAGAAAGGCAACCUAACUGCACAUGAAAAGACUCACACAGGGGAGAAACCAUAUAAAUGCUUAGAGUGUGGAAAGUGCUUCUCUCAAAAAAGUAACCUCGGUGCACAUCAAAAUACUCACACAGUGGAGACACCAUAUAAAUGCUUGGAAUGUGGGAAGUGCUUCUCUCAGAAAGGCAGCCUAACUGCACAUCAAAAUCGUCACACAGGGGAGAAGCCGUAUAAAUGCUUAGAAUGUGGAAAGUGCUUCUCUUGGAAUGCCAGCCUAACUACACAUCAAAGAAUUCACACAGGGGAGAAACCAUAUAAAUGCUUGGAAUGUGGAAAGUGUUUCUCUUGGAAUGUCAGCCUAACUGCACAUCAACAAAUUCAUACAGGGAAGAAGCCGUAUAAAUGCUUAGAAUGUGGAAAGUUCUUCUCUCAGAAUGGCAGCCUAACUACACAUCAAAGAAUUCACACAGGGGAGAAACCAUAUAAAUGCUUGGAAUGUGGAAAGUGUUUCUCUCAAAAAGGCCCCCUCAGUGCACAUCAAAAGACUCACACAGGCGAGAAGCCACAUAAUUGCUUAGUGUGUGGAAAGUGCUUCUCUCAGAAUAAGGACCUAACUAGACAUCAAAAGGUGCACACCGGGGAGAAGCCAAAUAAAUGCUUGGAGUGUGGAAAAUGCUUCCCUUCAAAUAUCAGCCUAAGUGCACAUCAAAAGAUUUGUCCUUGCUGAGUUAUCUGGGGUAGCCUUACAGUGGCUGUCCCCAUUCCUUAAAGACCUGCCCAGCAUCAGUUGGUAUGUGGUGUCCCGCAGGGGACAAUUCUCUCACCAUUAAUAACAUUUAUAGGUACUUUUUGGUGGGAUGAUCUGGAGGUUUGGACUUGGCUGUUCUUUGUCCUUCACUUCAACAUGCAGAUAACACCCAGUUGUAUCUGACUGUGGACGGUCAUCUGGAUUCCACCCCGAGUGUUUUGGCCGGGGCCUGUAAUGGAAUGUAUGAAAAAGAUCUGACUGAAGUUAAAUCCAGCUAAGAUAAAGGUCCUGUGGUUGAGCUGAAAGGUGCAGGUUGGUGACUGUCAGUUACCGACUCUUGAUAGUGUGCAACUAGUUGCUGCACUGACCUUUUAAGAAUAUGUUUUCCUUAAAUUCCAUAUACAGUACCGUACAUAACAUAAAUCACUCUUAGUAUGUUGUACCAAACUCAUUGUCUAUAAUAGAUUUUAAAAACUUUUUAAAAAAACUAUCUCCCCUACAUGGGAGUUUUUAGUAUGAAUAAAUAGUCUUCAAAAUGAGACCUCUCUUCCUUAACUUGUAAAAGUUAAUAUAAAUCAAAUAUGUGGAAAAACUUAUCUUAUAGACCUUCAAUGGUUUACAAGUAUAGUUACACAGUUUCUGCUUAUACUCAACUAAUUCAUAUUAUGACACACUAACUAUACUUAAUUAUAUCUUAUUGUGACUUAAAUAAUUUUUCCAGCGGUUUCCAUUCUUUCUCUUUCUUUCUUGUAUCUUCUACCCCUAGAGAUAACGAAAUAUAAUCCAUAUCCAUGAAUUUGCUCUACUUAAUCUAAUAAAAUAAAAUAAAAUAAAAAAA